GUCGUUUGUCGAAAGAAGAUAUUGAGAGAAUGGUCAACGAUGCAGAGAAGUACAAAAAUGAGGAUGAGAAACAAAAAGCUCGCAUCUCUGCCAAGAAUGCACUGGAGAGCUACUGUUUCCACAUGAAAUCCACCAUUGAAGAUGAAAAACUCAAGGACAAACUAAAUGCUGACGACAGAAAAACCAUCAGCGACAAAUGCUCUGAGGUGAUCGCCUGGCUGGAUGCCAACCAAUUGGGUGAACAAGAGGAGUUUGAGCACAAACAGAAAGAGAUUGAAGGUGUCUGCAACCCCAUCAUCUCCAAGUUGUACCAGGGCGGGGCUGGAGCCGGUGCUGGUAUGCCCAACUUUAAUGCUGGUGGUGCAGGAGCCGGGGCAGCUGGUUCUGGAAGCAGUGGGCCAACCAUUGAGGAGGUCGAUUAA